AAUUUUUUGAUUGAUUUUUUAAAAAUUAUUAUUAUUUGCGGGGGCGGGAGGAAUAUUGAAUGGAAUAGUCGAUAGGAUAAUCGAUGCUAAAAAGAUUUGAUGGUGACAGACCUAUUUGUGUUAGUUGGCGCACACACUAGAUCAACAAUGUAAGUGGUUGAUUGUUCCUGGGAGGAAGCUGCUGAGUUAUGACUUGCAGCCCAAGGGCACGAAGGAAGGAAUUUGGCCUGUUUCUACUCCCCCCGCCCCGACCGACGCCGGCCUCACAGUCACAAAUCAAACUGGCACACACCAGCUGAGAAUUUUGCCGCAAGUUGUGCAAAAGGUUUCUUGAAACAAUCGCGCAUGUGCAUUGAAAAGGUCAAAUUAAGUUUCCCCCGUAAAACAUUUUAGGUUUUCCUAGAACAUCACCCUUAACCCCCACAUUGCAAACUUUAUGGUGGAGUGUAGGGUGGCGCCUUGAAAGUUUCAUUCUGUGACCACAAUGCUAUCUCAAAUCCUCUUUCCUCAUUGGAAUGAAUGCAAAUGCCGUUAAUCUGUUCCAGCCUCUCAAAAAAAGUUGUAGUGUGGAAAACAUUGUACUUUAUAAAAACAUAUAGUAAUGGCAUCAUGAAACGAAAUAAAAAAUAACUAAAUAAAAUACUUUUUUUCAUGUUGCAUCCACUGAAUGCUUCUCCUUGAGGCGUUAUGAAUCUCACUCGACUUCUCCGCGGGCCUGCCAGUCAUAUUGCAGCGGGUCAUGUCCUGCCUAGAACGCAAGUGGGAUUCAUAAUAACAUCGAAACUCCUCUCUCGGCUCAUCGGUACAGCGCCAAUAUUAGUCAUUCUACGCAAAGGAUGAAGGAUAUCGGAAUGUGAGUGUUUCUGUCAGUGUACAUGUUGUUGCGGUUUCCAAUCGCUUUCUUAAAUGGUUAAAGCAACGCAACAGAGAUGCUAGUUAGCGUUAGUGGACUGAAAUGUUAAGAGUCUAUGUGGUUUGUUUUAAAUACCUAAGGUGUCCUGAAGUCAUACUUUGUUUUCUGUUGAGUUUGGUGGUAAACGUCAACACACACGUCAUGAAGACAAAGCUACUGACUUUGUUUUGUAAAAAUGGGGGUUAACAAGUAGUCACCUGAAUUUUACGAGCAGUUGUUUUUCCUUUUUUCUUUUAUUGCUUCCCCCUUUUUGUUGCCACCGUCAUGAGGAGCAUCUGUUGAAGUUCUCUUUUGUCUUGCGGAUUGCCCGGAGGCUCUCGGGAGACGUCGAGGAAGUGACUUUAGGGCCGCAACUAACAAUAAGUCUAAUAAUCCAUUUAUCUGCCGAUCAUUUGAUUAAUUGAUGAAUAAUUUUUUUUCCACCCCUUUAUUGAAACAGGCCGUUAUUACAAAUUGAAACUGUAGAAAAUACACAAACAUAAGUAGAUGAAGAUUCAGUUAAUGGUUUGGUUCGGAACAUCUGUUAGAAAAAUGGGCAAAUAUGUUGAUGAUUGUUUUCCUAAGUAAAAUCCGAUGUUUGCAAAUGUCUUAUUUGGGUGAAAACAUAUCGGGUUCCGGCACGUGUGAAAGAAUUCGUUACUAUUAUAGUUAUCGUGUUUAAAGCAUAUUCACACUUUGUAGAAAUUGGCCCGCGCGGAUUUGGGGACGAGACAAUGAAGCUGUCUGUUUCACACUUACGCAACUAUGCUGUCUGUUAGAAUAAGAGGAAACGAUCGGAGCAUUUUUCCGGCGCAGCUGCGCAUUUCGGUCAAGUUCCAUUGUGUCGCAUCCCGCUUCGCUUCAACUAAAUCGCGGACGAGGGCAGCAAUUCUUGGACAGACUUGGGACGUCGCCUCCAGGCUCCAGCUGAGGACACAAUGCAGGCCUCAGCAGACAGAAUGUGGAACUAUUCCGGCGCACAGAACCUGUGCCCUUACCAGACAGGUGGCGGUGCCAAUUGGCCAACCACAUUUCCUGGUCAGGACGGCAGAGGCUACCAGAAUGUGUCGCGUGUCUCUCAGACCAACUUCUCCACUGGUCCACAAGGUGCAAACAACGGACACCACUUUGUCUCCUCUAGAGUUUGUCAUUACAACACGGGGCAGGAGUCGUCGACGUGGAGCACAGAACCCACUUCCUGCGCCCAGAGAGACAUGCCGGCCUACCAGAACCUGCUCCCUACCUCGUGGGGCCCAUCAGGAGUGGGCCACGGCCACGGUGUUGUACCUGAACACCACGUGCACAGUAGUGGAGUCUACCAGAAAGUGCCACCGCCAUAUCCACACAACUGCGUCCCAACACGUGGGCAGUUUUUUUCCGGCGGCAACACCAAUCGGACACCUCGGCAACAGCCGGACGCGGGGGUCACGUUAUUAAACGCGUUGGAGUUGCGCGGCAGCAAGAUUGUCCAAAAAGUUCCAGAAAUGAAAUGGCAGAUUAUACGCCAUCGCACUCAAAAAAGUAUAGCGAUGAAAGCAAGGGCACAAGCAAGGAUGCCAGAGAGGAUACCAGAAAGUCUGCCGGUGAGGACACCAGUGAGGAUGCCAACGAGGGUGCACGUCAGACAAUACUGUCAGUCUUCAUCACUUCAUGGAGUGCGGGCACCAAAGCCACCAGAGCCGGAAGCGGUGCGUGUUCCCGGAGAGUUGUCACAGCUAAGCAAACCGGACAACAGAAGCCGCUGCCAGAACCAGACGCCAAUGCUUGAUGUUGCGCAGAUGCAAAACCCUGAAGCACUCGAACUCCCCACCGUCAACCCCUCGUCACCCAGUUGCUCAGCUCUGCGAACAGUUGCCGUCAUGCAGCCUGUUUCGGGGGAAUGUCUGGAGCUCGCUGGCCUGCUUUCGGCAAGUGCACGUGGUGCUUCUGCCCAGAAGGACCCGUCAGCAGGCGAUACAGGGGGUCAGACGGCGAGCCCAGUUAGGAAACAUCAGGACCACAAUGCUCCACCACCUCUUCAGCCAGAAGAGCAUAAGAUUCAAAGUCAGAGACCAGCCAGUGUUAGACUCCAGUCUCUUUUGACACGGAUGUGGACUCAAGCAGAUUUAGCGGUACUCGUCAGAGACUACCAUCAAGCCCAGAUGAACUCUCCUGAGUCUUCUGUCCUAUUUAAUUCUGAAUAUAUAAUCAACAUGUUCUGGAAAGAUCCCAAAAUAUUGCUGAAUAAACUCUGCACAGGCUGGUACAAGGACGUCAUGAACGAAGCUUAUAUGUUUUGUGAUGAGCACUUGGCACCAGACACUCUAGUGCUGACAGAAGCCAAGUGUGACUUGAACAUUUGUAGCCUUCAGGUGCUGCAAGACGGUGAGGUCUACUCCGAAAUGCCAUACUCAUCGUUCUGGCGGAACAUCAACCGACAGCUCGAUGACAUCGAUAAGGAGUUCGGCUUUGAGAGGAACUUCCUGCAUCAUGCACGACUACCAGAAGCGCUUACGCCAUCGGGACCUGCGGGAGCUGAGGCUCCUUUGCCAGAGGCCAAAUCCACCUCCUUGGAAGACAAACAACAAGAAAAGAAACAAGGAGUACAAGAAUUGGAACAGGCACACGAUGAGCCGGAGAUAGACUCUGCUACGUCUGCAUCUCCCGGUGAUGACCCAGAUGACGUGUACUCAUUUGUCAUCCACGUUUUGCCCCAAGAGGAGGCCAAAGCCAUCUAUGAGAGCAUACAUCACGCAGAAGAAGCUCCUCUCAAGGGGGACCCGAAAGGCUCCGUGGAGCCUGAAAUGAGCGUCGACAAAGGGGACUCCGAACGAGGGGAGGAGGAUCAGGUUGAAGCGGAGUUGGAGUCGCUCUUCGAACACUGGGAUGAAAUCCUUUUUGCGAAAAAACGAGAGGCGCUGCAGAACGAUCUUGAAGACGUGGCGGCAGAAAUGAGGUGUGAGGAUCGUGACGUCUCACUCCGUAGGCAUGCAGGCAACCGAUCGAUGGAUUCCCAUCAAUCCCGGGACGCAUCGCCAUUGAUGGAACAAAAGGAAGAUGACGAGAGAGAGAUUUUUGCCCAACAGAAGCAAGAACAAGUAGUUGACCGAGAGUCGGAAGAGGUCUACCAACAAAAUGAGCAUGAGAUGGCAAAUGCCUGCCAACAAGAUGACCAAGAGUCGGGAAAGGUUACCCAACAAGUUGACGACCACGCGAUGGCAAAUAUCUCCCAACUAGAUGACCGAGAGACAAGAAAGGUUGCCCAAAAUAAAAACCAAGAGAUGGCAAAUGUCUGCCAACAAGAAGAUAACGGAGCGUUGUCCCAACAAGAUGAUGACCAAGUGAUGGGAAGGUUUACCCAAAAAGAUGCCCAAGACAUGGCAAAUGUCUCCCAACAAGAUGAUGACCAAGAAAUGGCAAAUGUCUCCCAGCCAGUCUUAGUUUUACCAUCCCAAGUUUCUUGUCCGACUGAAAUGUGGACAUUCGGGAAUCGUCACCGUGUGGAAGUGAUCGCAACCGAACCAUUCCCAGGCGAGAGGCCGCUCUGCCUUGCUGCCAAACGUUUAGCGGCCGCGAAGAAAAAACGAAAGAGAGCCAAGCAUUCUGGUAUCAGCAUUCCGUGCCGAAAGAAGCUGAAAACCAAACAUCUCCGCAAGAAUCUAAGCAAACGUAACAAAGAAGCGUCGCCGGCGAAGCGCAAGCUGCCUGUGGAGCUGGUGCUCUUUGGCUCGGCCGGACGCAAACGUCACCACGCUCUGACCCGUCGCGCGCCAGACGUUCUGACCGUGAGUUCCAAAGGCAGGAGUCCGAUCAAACAGAAGAUCUACGAGCAGUGGCGUCUCCCUCCGACCAGGAUUGACGGCAAAAGCAAACUCCAAUUCCCGAGGCACUCCGUGGACGAGCCCGGGGAAGAGUCGCCUUUGCCCACUAUAACAUUCAGGAAAAACAAUGGCAAAAUCUCACUGAGCCGGAACAAAAGGUCCGUCCUGGAUGGACCCGAUAGGGACGCCAGUGCCCUCGACCCAGCUGCUGACAGAAUGCUGACCACCACUGGCUAUCAUCGCGACAAAUUAAAGCAGGGAACUGAAAGACUACCCUGGGACCACCAGCUUCGCCAUGGUUACCAUGGGAACCUUUGGUGGAACAACAGCGGCCGCCGUGGCACAGGAUCAAGUUGACGUGAUCCAGAGAGCCGUCGGGAAAGUUUUUAGUUUUUCCUCUGAAGACGACAAAAUCAGACGAGCGCUGAUCUUCCUCCUCUUGACGUUUACUGUGGCACAACCACACUAGAGAGAAUAUUCUGGAAUGUUUUUUUGGUGACCUCGUGAUGACAUCAUACUUGUACCUCCAAAGUUUAUUUUUUUUUAGCUUUGAAUUAAAGUCCAUUUUCCAUGAA